AGACGAGUUGCGGUCAUCGUUAUUGUCGGUUUUCCGGGUCGUUUCGUGUAGGUGUGUGUCUUCGAGCCUGUGACAACAUAAAAUCACGUGCAUAAAGCCAGCUUUUAUUUACUUUCUGCCCAUAGUAAGGAGCAGUCACUGACGUGCCUCUGCCACUAGCAACAAGAACAACAAAAACAGAAACGACAAUAAGAACAGCAAAACGUUGUGUUUGCUAUUACUAGCCGCCCGCUGUCGCCACCUGCCGACGACGCCAGCAACACAAACACACACACAAAAGACGAUGACGUCUAAAAGCGAUAAGGAAAUUCUAGCCAAUUCCAUGUAUGAAGAUGAUCCCAAUGGCAAUUCAGCGCCCACAGCAUUGGAUCAAGAGGAGGGGCAGGCGGCGGCGGCGGCGGCGGCAAAUGAAGCGGCAGCAGCGACGGGCACAACAAGAACAACCACAAUUCCAGCGGCAGCAGCGACUGCUCCGCGUUGGGGGCCACAGAACAAAGGUGCACAGGAGCUGGCAUCCCUCUAUAGUCCAGGUAAACGUGCACAGGAAAUCAUAUGUGUUUACACCUGCAUCGGCCUGAUGAUCAUCAAUUUAGCACUAAUUGUGAAGCACUUGCGUUUGGAGCGAAUCAGCGUGACCUUCAUCUCCGCCUUGUGUGGCAUCAUAACGGCAGACUUUGCCUCCGGGCUGGUGCAUUGGGCAGCGGAUACAUGGGGCUCGGUGGAUUUACCCAUAAUUGGAAAGAACUUUUUGCGUCCUUUUCGCGAGCACCAUUUGGAUCCGACGUCGAUAACACGUCACGAUUUCAUUGAGACGAAUGGCGAUAACUUCAUGGUGGGCAUACCCAUACUCGGCUACCUGGCGCACUAUUUUUAUGUGAAGUCACCGUGCGAAAUACAGCAGAAUUUCGGCUGGAUAGCCUAUGUAUUCCUAUGCUCCAUCUUUGUGGCUAUGACAAAUCAGAUACACAAAUGGUCGCACACGUACUGGGGCCUGCCAAGGUGGGUGCUGUUGCUGCAGAGCUGUCACAUUAUUCUGCCGCGCAAACAUCAUCGCAUUCAUCAUGUGGCGCCGCAUGAGACGUACUUUUGCAUUACCACCGGCUGGCUGAAUUGGCCACUGGAGCAGCUUAGAUUUUGGUCAACCUUUGAGUUUAUUAUAGAACGUUUUACGGGCCUGAAGCCGCGCGACGAUGAUUUGAAAUGGGCCAAGAAACUCACAUAGCUAUGCUGUCCUGCGACUGUAUAUAGAACCUGGACCAAGCAGCGUUAGCAGAGCUUGCCAAUUGUUAGAACGAACGGAUAUAACCAAAAAGAGAGCAACAAAGGGCACUCGUAACAACAAUUAUUUUCAUUUUCCACAUCGAAAAAUAUUAUAAGCUUUUAUAAUUUAUAUUGAAGUGUCUGACCACUGAAAUAGAAAGAAAGAAAAUUACAUAGUUAUUAGUUGAUAAAGUUUGUUACCAAUAAUUCAGUUAAGUAAAAUAUGUUUGCGAAUUGUUAAUUAUGUAUUUGUUUAUAGACUUGCACACGCAUUGAUCUCGGUACUCAUAAACUAUUACAAUUAUAUACUACGAGUGAGCCUUAUAUACAUAUAGACAAUAUGUUAUAUGUAUGUACAACUAGCACAGGCACAAGCUUGUUUAAACUGUUUACGAAACUUUUUUAAAAACUUUACAAAGACACAAAUAGCUUAAAUAUGGCAACGAUUUUGAUACCAAAUCCUAAAAAAAAAAACAUCCUUUUUAAUACAUUUCAACAGCUUUAAAGCCCAUAAGUAUAAAUUUAUUUAUAUAAAUUAAGAUCUAUAUACAUUAUAAAUUAGGCGCUGUAUGCAAUCAAAAAAGUGACUUACAAUUUUGCCUUACAAACAAAUCAUUAAUAUAUGUGUAUAUGUAAUUAUAUUAACAAAACCAAAAGACAGUGAACUAUUUUUAAAGAAGCUAAGCAACGUUUUUAGUGCGCACAUUUUUGAAAGUUUAGUAUUAAAUCCAACAAAAAACAAAAACAAAAAAAAAAGACAAAUAGAACAAUUCUGUUAUUAAAUUAUAUAAACCAAAAGCCAGGCUAGAUAUGUGUAUUAUAAGCCUAAGCAGCUAAAUUUGUACUUUUUGUAAACCAAAAAUACUUUUUAGAUGUACUUAUAUAUCAUUUAACGCGCCUAGCAAUGUCUUGGAGUGCUGAAACAUGUUUUGCAUAACAAACUAAUUCUAAGUGAGCAAUAUUAAUUGUGAUUAAAAACAACAGGAACUAAGCUGA